CACGUAGUUGCUCAGAAUAUCAGCAUACUAACAAAAGCACUGAUUCUUAUUUAAACUUGCUUAUAAUAUCCAUCAAAUAAUAAUCAAAUUAUUAAUUUAUUCAUAAUGCGUGAACCAGAAACUACUGAAAAUCUUGUUCGACGUCAUUUAGACGACCAUGGUUUAUUAACAAACAAAGAAGAUCAAGUUUGGACAGUUCGUUAUUCAAAAUUAGGUGGCCGAGGUUUAUAUGCUAAGCGUGAUAUCAAGCAGGGUGAAUUAAUUUUUAUUGAGGCACCAUUGAUUAUUGGACCACGUUGUUACAAUAAAUAUCUUCCCAUGUGUAUCAAUUGCUAUAAAUCAGGAUGUCCGUUGUUUCCAUGUGACCGAGGAUGUGGACUUCCCGUGUGUUCUAAUCAAUGUGAAAAUUCAAAAAAUCACGUUGAGUCUGAGUGUGAACGCUUGCGAAAUUGGCAACCAACAUGUGGCACCAUGUGGUCCAUGGAACUUCUUCAGACAGUAGUACCAAUUAGAUCACUUUCGUUGUCUUCAUAUCAAAGAGAUCUUGUUUAUGCAUUAGAACGUCAUGAAGGGUCACUUCAUGGUCGCGAGAUAGAAUUACUAAAAAAAAAUAUUUCAAAACCACUAAGUCAGGAAGACGAAGAAUUCAUGUUACAAGUAUGUCGGGCUUUUGAUACAAAUGCAUUCGAAACAGCUCUGCGUGUUGACAAUAAAACUUCAAUAAGUCUUCGGGGUCUUUAUCCACUGGCAGCAUUACAAAAUCACAGCUGCCUACCAAAUACUAGACACUAUUUCAAUGACAAAGGAUUCAUGUUCGUGCGAGCUGCAGUUCCGAUUAAAAAAGACGAAGAACUUACUGAGACUUAUGUUGAUUUAAUUUGGGGUACUAGUUUGCGAAGAAAUUAUUUAGUUUUGUCAAAACACUUUGAAUGCUGCUGCAAAAGAUGUUCAGACCCAACAGAAUUUGGAACUAAUAUCAGUGCUUUACGAUGCGCUAAUUUGAAAUGUUUUUCAUACAUUUUACCUGUCGACCCACUGAAUUUUAAAAGCCCGUGGACUUGUCGUGAAUGUCAUGUUAAAGUAUCUGGUAAACAGAUUGAAUCAAUUUCUUCAGCAUUAAGAAUGAUGGUUAAUAAUGUUUUAAAUGAACCGCCUCGUAACAUUUUGAAGUUCAUUGAAGGUGAAUUGAAAAUUCUCGUGCCUCCAGAGAAUCAUAUUUUGUUAGAUAUGAAAUUUCAUGUUGUGUCAUUCUUUGGAAGAACUGAAGAGCUUGAAUGGAAAAAUCUAUCAGACAGAGAACUUGAAUUAAAAGCCCAGUACUGCAAUGAACUGAUAGAAAUAUUAGACAAACUAGGAUGUGGUGAUUGUCAAAAAAAAGGGUUAAUUUUCAAUGAACUGUAUUGUACGAAGAAAGAACAGCUUUUGCGAAAAGUUAACAAGAAUAACAAUAAUAAAGAUGAAAUCAAAACGGAAAACAAUGAAGAGCUUGCAAAAAUAGCAAGUAAAGUUGUAGAAAUUUUACAAAAUGAUGUUGCAGCUCCCGAUGAUCUCAAACAAUUAGAUGCAUCUUUAACACAUACAGAUGAGUGAUUAUAUCGAUAAACUAAUGUGUUAAAGAUGAAACAUUAAAUAUUGUUUUGAUGUUUAUUUAAGAAAGGUGCUCUUUUCUCCCACUCAAGUGGACUAUACGAAUAUUACUAUACUCAUUGCACUUGUACAAUAAAUAGAAACAGUCUACGUUCUUCUCCUCAGCAAUUAUAAUUUCCAGUAAAAUUAAAACCGGGAUUACUAAAUUAUAUUGUAAUGUAUCGAGCUAUAUUGAUGAAUUCCUCCGUUAAUUGAUAGAACUCUCGUUUGCGAGUAGCAUUUAUUAGUCAUUAGUCAUUAGUGGAAUAUUAUAUAAUUGUUUUAUAUUUGAAAAGU